CUGAAAUUAUCAUUCAGUCUUCGGUCUUCAUAUUGACAACAGUAGAAUCCUCAAAAAAAAAACUUUUAAAAAUGAAACUCAUCAUUAUCGCUUUUGCUCUCAUUGUUGCUGCUUCAUGUGAUGUUUCACAUAUUGUCGCUAGUGAAGGAUGGUUCAAAGACGAGUCUGGCUAUCAUUAUGACAAACCUCAAGGAAAGCUUGAUAACCCAGAAUUAGAAAUUGAAGAAAUUGUUGUUGCUACAGAGGAGCCAUUUGUUGAUGAGGUUGUCACUGAAAUUGCUAACGAUUACUUGCCACCAAAUGACUACUUGCCACCAAACAAUGACUUGAAGGAAUAUCUUCCACCAAAGUCUGAGGAAAUCAAGAGAAAGAGACAAGUUCCAGUCCGUAAAGUCUACCGUCGUUUUGCAAAGAAACACUAAAGUAAGCAAAUAUCAUAGCAUGAACCUGGACUGACUGUUUGAGAAAUUGACAUUAAUAUUUAAGCAAC